AUGCCCAGCAGCCUCUCCUACAACAUAUAUUCGCGCAGGUACAAGCGAGGAAAGAACAUCAAGGUGGGAGAUGUGGUGGUCUUCGAGAGCCCCAUAUUCCUCCGCGGCAUAGCCUGCAAACGUGUUAUUGGUAUGCCCGGGGAUUAUGUCGUCCGCGACCCUUAUCUAUCUCCCACGGUGGGCGGAGCUCCGAUCCCAGGUUUAUACGAAGGCGAUGCGGUACGGGAAGAGCCUGUCAUGAUACAAGUUCCAGAGGGACAUGUGUGGGUAGCCGGCGACAACUUGUCUUACAGCAGAGAUUCCCGAUUCUAUGGCCCGCUACCCAUGGCUUUGAUUACAGGCAAGACCUUGUAUGUUGGCGAUGGGUAUUUCAAUUGGACGUCUUUCCGCAAACCACAACUUCAACCAGUCCCCAUCUCUGAUACAUUACAAGGACCCGUGGCAGGUGAAGCCCACCUAGAAGACACCCAAACUACCUGA